AUGGGUGAUUCGGUAUCGGUGUUGCAUCCGAAAGUACUCUUGGUUUCUGCCGGCUUCACCACCUCCCUUUUUGUUGGCUUUAAUUUGUACAGAAGGUACUGCAGACGCAUCAGAACCUACCUCGACUUGACUCCAUCGAUCUUGGACAAUCAACGUCAACUUUAUGGAAAGGUUACGAGAGUGGGCGACGGUGACAAUUUUCGGUUCUAUCACACACCAGGAGGCAUUUUUCUAGGUUGGGGCUGGUUGCGCAAAGUUCCUGAAACUCGAAGCGCACUCAAAGAUGAGACUUUAAUGAUCCGCCUAUGCGGAGUCGAUGCACCAGAAAGGUCCCAUUGGGGUAAACCUGCGCAGCCAUUUUCCGAGGAGGCGCUUCAAUGGCUUCGAAACUAUGUCAUGGGACGCUAUGUGACCAUCACUCCGUAUUCAAUUGACCAGUAUAAACGAGUAGUGGCUCGGGCCCAGGUAUGGAAGUGGACUGGGCGCAAAGAUGUUAGUGCAGAAAUGAUCCGAACAGGCAUAGGGGUAGUAUACGAGAGCAAGGUGGGUGCGGAGUUUGGCGAUAACGAGUCGUGGUACCGAAGUCUUCAAAAUCGAGCCAAACUUUUGAGGAGAGGAGUUUGGUCUCUUGGUAAGAAAAUGACUACGCCGGGACAAUUUAAAAAAACUUACUACAGAGGAGAGUAA